ACUCCUUACCCGGUAAGGAAUCCACUCUCUCAACGCUCAACUCUCGACUCUCAACUCUCAACUCUCCCGCGGAUUCAUAUUUCUACCCCUGAGUUUCCUUAUAAAUCGAAAAGUGGAACUCCUUUUUGUUUAUUUAUAUUUCAACCCCCCUGCUCUGUUUCGUCAAGCUUUCCAUUUAUUUUUAGAACUGCCAUUUUUGCCACAUUCUAAAUUCUCAAGAUCAAGAUACAACCUGACGAACGAGAGAUUUGAGACCUUUCAAUCCUCUUUUUGUUUGUUUGGUUUUUUUUUUUUUUUUUUGAUUCAGUUUUUUUUUCUGGAUUUCGUAUGGGGCAGCAACCUUCCAAAGAUGAGCUUGUGUACCAGCGCGCCAGCAAUGGCGAUGUGGAUGGGAUUAAAGCCCUUUCUAACGAUGGUGCCGGCCUUGAGUGGGUUGAUAGGGAAGGAAGGACUCCGUUGAUUGUUGCCUGUACGAAACCCGAGCCCUACAACGUGGCGAAAACGUUGCUAGAACUCGGCGCCAAUGUCAAUGCGUUUGGACCAGGCCGUCAUGGUGGAACGCCAUUGCACCAUGCUGCUAAAAGAGGCUUGGAAAACACUGUUAGAUUGCUUCUUUCAUACAGAGCAAAUACUUCGAUAAUCAAUGAUGCUUGCCAAACUCCUUUGGAAGUUGCGAGAGCAGCGGGGCACAAAAAUGUUGUUCGUGCCAUUGAGAAUCAUAUUUGUUUAUUCUCUGGUUGGAUGCGGGAAUUUUAUGGGCCGGAGUUUCUAGAAGUACUUGUUCCUCAUCUCCUUUCGAGAAAAGUCUGGGUAGUCAUUUUACCUUGUGGUUCUCGAAAUCCUAUGAAGCCUACUAAGUUGGAGCUUGCCUUAUACACUAGCUUGGAGGAUGCCCAACCUCGUUUAAUCAUUCCAUUGUGGAAGUCAUGUUUAGAGGAACAUAAGUUGCAGGAUCCUGAUCCCUCUGUUGUUAUUGUCGACAACGCUCCAAACUUAGUCUCAAGAGGAGUAAGGAGGCGAAAACGGAGUUGUCACACCUCCUGGGAAGCCAGAUCUCGAUUUCGAAAAUCAAAGAGACCUGGACGUCUUAGACUUGCACCUGAUAAUGAGUAUGACAGACAACAACUUCAAUGGUUUUGUGAUGCUUGCAAAGGGAUUCCUCAGCCAAAGAUGAUGCAAUCUACAAUCUGGCAUAAUCACCAGAGCCCGAUCAACAUUGCCACUGUACCUCCGGGUUCAGAAGAUCCGGAGCUUACAAUGGCCAUAAAUGCCUCUAUUCAGUCAGCUAUGCAGGAAAGUGGACAGCUUCAUAAUCCCCAUUCAUCAAGCUCUGAAGCAGGUGCCUCAAGUAGCAGUGCAUUACCUCCACCUGCUCCUCCAAGACCAGGCUCUAGCAAAUCGGCAAUGCAUGAAGAAGCAAGCCACGGUUACAAUCCAAGCCAUUGCGCUCAAGCGCCAAUGAACACCGGCAUCCAGAUUACACACCCUCCAAAUGCAGUCCCCACUGCUCCACCAGUUGAAGCCAAAACCUUCGAGGCUAGCACUAGUACGGUUGGCGACUACCCGUUGGUCGAUUCCGAUCCCACAGACAGCAUGGCUUCUUCAUCCGUUGGGGACGAUGGGAAACAAGGCAGUGGCAACACGACAUGUGUGAUAUGUUUGGAUGCACCAGUGGAGGGAGCCUGCGUCCCCUGUGGCCAUAUGGCUGGAUGUAUGUCUUGUUUAAGUGAGAUCAAAGCCAAGAAUUGGGGCUGCCCAGUUUGUCGCACCAAGAUCAAUCAAGUCAUAAAGCUGUAUGCUGUCUGAGCCACCCCAAUCAACCAAGCAUAUAACCAGGUGAAACCCCUUGAACUCUGUCUGUAUAAUUUGCGCUAUACAUACCCUUCAGCUUUCAGAUACUUAAAUGUUUAUAAACUUAUAUAAAUUCUUUCGACUGAAACAACCAGAUUGGUACUCCUGCUAAAAGAAAAACUGGGGAGGUAAAACUACUGCGGGAGUAUUUGGCUCAUAAAUUUGGACUUGUGUGUGUACAUAUUUCGUAUAUGAAUUUGUUUGUUAAUCCAUGAACUAUUUAUUGAUAA